GGGAGAGGGAGAGCGAGCGAGAGAGAGAGGGAGAGAGAGAGAGAGAGAGAGAGAGAGAGAGAAAGAGGAAGUUUGUCUUCCUCAUCACUGGAGGACCUCACACUUUACCUCUUCAACAACCGAGUGAUUAAUAAUGACGGAAAUGUAAAAGUAAGAUGUUAAAUCCAACGAGAGCCCAGAAGAACCUCAGUGAAGAGGACAGCUCUGGAUCGGAUGCAGGGUCAGAGGGUCAGGAACCUGAGACAGACCGCUUCGGCUUCAUUCUGACAAAUGGAUCCACCGCUGGGAGUCUGGGCCCACCCCCUGAGUUGGUCAGGCAGAGGGAGACCAAGUGGAUACAUAUCAUGAGCCAAUGGGAUCGCAUCUUAUUGAAGAAGACCAGUAAGGUCAAAGUGCAGUGUCAGAAAGGCAUCCCAGCCUCACUCAGAGCGAAGUGCUGGCCUCUGCUGUGUGGAGCUACUGACAAGACGAAACAAAACGAAAACCUCUACCAGUCUCUGGACUCGCAGCCUGCUCUGCAGAGCUGGGUGGAUGUGAUCGAGAGAGACCUGGACCGACAGUUCCCUUUCCAUGAAAUGUUCCUUUCCAAGGAUGGACAUGGGCAGCAAGGUUUGUUCCGGGUGUUGAAAGCCUUCACUCAGUACCAACCGGAGGAGGGUUACUGCCAGGCACAGGGGCCUGUGGCUGCAGUGCUGCUGAUGAACAUGCCUGCUGAGGAGGCCUUCUGGUGUCUGGUGCAGAUUAGUGAGCAGUACCUGCCUGGAUAUUACAGCCCUCUGCUGGAGGGAGUCCUGUUUGAUGCAGCCAUGCUGAACUGGGCUUUGAAAAGGACGUGUCCAGCUGCCCACAAGCACCUGCAGCACCACGGAGUGGAGCCCCUCAUGUUCGCCACUGACUGGCUGAUGUGUCUCUUCACACGUCACCUGCCCUUCAACACACUGCUUCGAGUCUGGGACCUCUUUUUCUGCUAUGGGGUGCGGGUGCUGCUCCAGGUGGCGGUGGUGCUGGUGCGCCGGGUGCUGGGCCGGGCCGAGCAGAGGAAACUGUGUCAGGGCCAGAUGGAGACUCUGGAGAAGCUGAGGGCUGUCAUGGAGCAGGUCCAAGAGGAAGACGACACUUUCAUAGCAGAGGUGUGCUCGGUGCAGCUGUCAGCCAGAGAUCUGGAGAAACAGACGGAGAAGGAGUUAGAAAAGUGGAGAAAAGACAGACCCUCAUCAACAUUUGACCCAAGAGGUCGCUGCCAUGGAUAUCGGAUGGCGUGGGCGAGGGCACGACAGUACGAGGAAGUGCGGGGCAGGAAAGAGAGAGAGAAAGGAAACCUGUCUGUCCCUCUUGCUCGCUCGGCCUCUACUCUCUCGCUGUCUCCAUCCCUCCUUCACAAGAGGUGGAGGAAAGGGGGAAAGGCGAAUUCACGCAAAUGGGAAGGCAGCGGAGGCAAAGUUGUGAGGCAUCUCUCAAUGGGAGCAAAGGAGGACUGGAGGGGCUGGACUGAGUUCAAUUCUAAGAAGGUGCAGCGUGUUCACGAGGAGGAAGAUGUAGUUUUAGAGGAUCAUAAAAAUGUGAGUGAGCUGAAACUGACAGAACAAAUACUUUUAGAAGAACCUAAGACGAUGGAAAUCCCAAACAUGCCAACAGUAGAAGAAACGGUCAUCGUAGAAGAAGAGAAUGACCAAGUGGAAACAAGAAUCACUGAAAAGGAGGAAAGCCAACUCAACAAGACCGAGGAGAGCAGAGUGCUUUCAGAACAGAAGGAAGAAACAAAUGAGAAGACACAACAAACCAAAGAUCAGACUGUUGAACACAAACAGGGAGAAGAGCUGGACUCUAACAGCCAGACACAAGUCCUGGAACAGCAGAGUCACACAAUCAAGCACCUAGAAAUUCAAGGGAAGGACUCAAAUAAAGAGACAGAAAACGAAGUGGCAGAAAGCGAAAAUACAAAUGCUGUGGUGGAAAAUCAGACUGAGAUAGAGGAAGCUGCUGAUCCAGCUAAAAACACAAAGAUGGAGACACAGGAAAGUGUGUAUCUAGGUGAGUAUCAGAUGAUUGAGGCAGACAUGAAACCAGAGAGCACAGAAACUGUGCAACAGACGCAGGUGGACACAGUCACAACUGAGACACGCCCGGGCUCAGAGACAGACAGCAAAGUCAAAGCUCCGACUAUCAAACAUCCUACAACAGAGACAGAGACACAACAGCAAAAAGUAAUCACAGAGACAGACAGAAGCUCACGGGGAGAUGCAUUUGAAGAAAAAUACCACAGCAGUGAGUCAUUAGCAGAAACUGAAACACAAGAAGAGUCCCACACCCAAACAGAGACAGAAACUAAUGAACUGGCACAGACUCAAGAACAGCUAGAGGAAAAUGCAGCCACACAGGAGUCAGAGAGUGAAAUAGUACAAAUGAAUUCAGAACAACACAUAGACUCAGAGACAGAAGCAGAAACAUUCAUUCUGUGUUCACCUCAAUGCAUUCAACCAGAAGAAGGAGAUGACUUAGAAGCUGAUACAGAGACUGAAGCAGAAAUACCAUUUGCAAACGACAUAGUGACGGAGUCAACUGCAGGUAUUGGCAAAGAGGGUGAUGCAGCAGCAUCUGAACCUACACAGGAGGAAGAAGAAAGAAGGUUGGAUGAACACUCAGAGGCACAGGUUGAUCAAACACAAGCAGAGGAAACACCAACAGAAAUGGAGACUUCUAACUUGAUGGCACCUCCACAGGAGGAGGAGGAGGAGGAGGAUGUAACACAGGACGCAAGGCCUCAAGCCGGGCCUGAUGGGGAGACUAGUUCAGUAGAAACUGAAGAACCUGCACCCGAACAACCACCCACCCAGGUCACUAUCGGUGCCGUGGAGGAGGAAGAAAGCACAGAAACUGUUCAAGAAAACACUGUAGGAGAGGACGACGUCUUAAUUUCUACUGAACCAACCGACUCCCCAAAUACUGACAGAAACCGAGAAGUCCAAGACAAAGAUUCUCGCCAUGUGACGGACAAGGCUGAGCCAGUUAACGACAGCCUGACACAAGCCCCCGGGCAUCGUAGCAGCAGGUCUUCUGGGAAUCUCUGCGUCCGCAGGUCAUCCAACUCCCGUGGGUCUAGGUUAGCACGUCGUCUCUCUGAAGAUCUCUUCAUCAUGUCGGACAAAACUAACCAAUCACAAUCUACUCCUAAUCACCCAGUGGUUAACCCCAGUCAAUUACAGCCCAAUCCUGGAGAAGUAAACCCAACCCAAAGUCCUUCUGACGUGACUUCAGAAGUCUCUUCGCCCCCGUCUGCAGAAGUGACUCCAGCGGUUCAGCCGCGGCCUGAUCCCCCGAAACGUUUCGGUCUAUUCCGCAGACUGAGAGGAGAGCAGGCCAAAAAAUCAACCAAAAUGCAAAUCCCCAAAAUCUUGAUUCAGGACUACAGCGAUGGCACAGGGAAGCCGGUUGAGGAAGACGGGGAAGAGAAACUGAGCUCAAAGGAAAGGAGGAGGAGGCGGAGGGACCGAGAGAGAAAAGAGAAAGAGGAGGAGAGAUUGAAAAAGAAGCGAGAGAAGGAGCUGGGGAAGGAGAAAGAACGAGAGAGGACAAAACCACAGACGAGGGGGCAGAGUUUCCAGUUGCAAAGAGAGAAAGGGAGCAGUGAUGUGACUCAACCCGAGACUGGAUCACAGACGCUUAGAUAUUCUUCUUGUUAUGCUGAAUCUUACUUUUGACAGAAAGUGUUAUUGGAUCUGGCGGAAUGAGGAGGCGUUUUACUGAGUGCUUCAGACCUCCACAUCCUGUCUCUUUGGUCUUUCUGUCGUGCGGAAGUCUCUCAUACUUGAACCUUUUGACAUGUAAAUAAAUCAUAAUUAUUGUUUACAUAAUUUGAAAAAUAUGUUUCUUUUAUUUAGAGGAGCUUUUUUGUUGCACCUUGAUCACAAACCCAACAGACUUUGAACAAAAAUAAACAGGAAGUGCUUCAUGUCCAGUUCCACAUAAUUGUAUAUGUUCAAGUCCACCAUGAACAUUAUAGUCCAAUAAAACAUUUGAAUAUCC